AUGGAUCCUGAAGAGUCUACCCAAUUCAACAACAGGACACCUGUCUUAUCUUCAGAAGAUAGUAACCUACCACUUUCGACAUCGAUUCCAGCCGUAGUUAUCUACGGUAUCCUCAUUGCGACCACUGUUAUCGGAAAUCUUUUCGUCAUCAUUUCAUACUUUCAAGACCGAAAGUUACGUCAACGACCGGCUAACCUGAUCAUUCUCAAUCUUGCCUUUGCUGAUUUGAUCGUCGGACUCGUGCCGUUAACGGUCAAUCUGACGAUCAUUGUAAGUGGGCGUUGGUUGUUCGGCGAGUACUUCUGUAGAUUAUACCGCGUUAUCGACUACUUAGCCGUCUACGUAUCGGUCGUAAUGAUCGUGUUCAUCAGUAUCGAUAGAUAUUUGUUAGUUACGAAGCCAAUCAAACACCGAUUACUCGUGACACGAAAACGUGUUCGAUAUGCAAUCAUGUCAGCUUGGAUAACCUACUUCACAGUUUUUGUCCUACUUUCUUUCGGAUGGACGACUUUUGGCGGACAAAAGGAAACGAUGGAUUAUUCGCACGAGUGUCUCAUGGAGUACCUGGGGAAUCCGUUCGUAACAUUGACUGUUAGUCUAAUUGGAUUCUUCAUACCAUUUUCGAGUGUUGCUUUUUUAAAUGUUCUUAUUUUUGUUAACAUUAAGAGGCAGUUUGAUAAAUUUCAAGUUAUCACAAUCAACCGAAACGUUGAUGAAAAAACAGAAUACCGGGUGAAUCAAGAAUGUCCUGCAAACAUGUAUGAUGUAAAAGGAGACAAAGAUGAUAAUAAUCAUCAAAGAAGGUCGUUUCGUCUGUCUUCUACUUCACAGCGAGACAAUACAUCUAUGAACACCCAAACUGUUUCACAAGCAAUCUACAUGAACGCGACACCAAAUACCAAAUUUGAUCAGUUUACCAGCGUGAGACUUCAAAAGAAUAUAAUAAUUGCCAAAAAGCUAGCACUCGUUGUCAUGGUGUUUGGCGUGUGUUGUCUUCCAUAUGAAAUCUGCACCAUUGCGAAUGCUAUCUGCAAAGAAAAAUGCACUAGUAACCUGGCUUGGGAUAUAACUGAGAAUAUUCAAUGGGCUAACUCUGGGAUAAAUCCAAUCCUUUAUGCUUUCACGAUUGUCCAAUUUAAGAAAAAUUUCGUGAGACUCUUUCGAUGUCGAUCAAAUUAA